GACUCCUAUGCCGAAAACAAGUUUUUAACAAACGUUGAGGAAAAAGCUAUACAAAAAUUAAAAGUUUGCAAAAGAUAUGGUAUAAAAGAAGCACUCCUCAUAAUAUAACAUCAUUGUAAUGAUUAAUAUAAAAUGAGAUACAUACCAGUAUUGUUAGUAAUUGUGCUAGUUUUAGAAGUGGCGUUUUCGUAUCCUAGUGGUAUCACAGCCGAGAAUGGGGAGAUAGUAGAGAAGUUUGAUGAUAAAGCAAAAGUUUCUAAGGAAGAUACUGCAAAGCAAGCGCCAUCGACAAACGAUGAAGAAGGUAGCAAGGCGAUGGACACAGCAGAAGUCAUCACAGAUGGUUCACCAUUCAUGUACAAUAAAUGUCCUGAUGACAAGGUACGCUAUGGCCCGAGCGUACGGCACGUAGCGUUCCGCGCGCGCCUCAAAGAGCCAAUAGACCACCACAGACGGGGCCCUAAAGGGCUGAUGUUCAGCCGGGGUUGCGGGGUAAGCGCAAUGAGGUACCGCGACCUCGGCACAGAGCAGGAGACGGAACAGGGGGAAGGCGGAGAUAGCUUCGUGGAGAAAAGCUGGGCACGAGAGCUCGCCAUCACCGAUCGCAAACCCGAUGGCAUGGCGGCGUUCAGCUCACGAUGGCUACAUGUUAAACGAAAUAAUCGCUUAAUGUUCACAGAAUGCGCAGAAGAGCUGAAACCUCCCAACCACAAUACUAUGCAUCCUCUAGUCACUAUAAAACUGGUGGAAGCUUGGUAA